AUGGCCCUGGUUAGUAUCGUUUGCGUCUGGAUGAUUGCCGGGCUAUUUAACAAUUAUCCGGUAGGCUAUAAGUUGAACCCAAAAGUUACUACCAAAAUUAUAGCACGUAGAGAAGCGUUGGAGAAAUAUUCAAUACCUACUAUGGAGCAAUUCGAGGCUGAACUUGCCGAAGAAGAAGCUAACGAUAGAGUUAACUUGCUUAAGGUCCGAGAUAUAAAACGACGUUUUGGCAUCUUUAAGACCCAAAGGGCCGAAAUGUUCCGAGAGGAAGAUGAGGCUAGAGAGCAAGCUGGCCCGUGGAGGUGUGGAUAG